AUGGAGGUUCAGAUCGUGGAUGACUGGAGCAAAGGCGCACGAGAGGUGGCUGUCCUCGACUCGCGGCUGCAGAGCCCGAGAGCGAUGGAGAGGGGAGGGGAGCUGCAGCUCGAGGAGUCCUGCUACGAACCUGGACUGACGCUCGUGGACAGCGGCAGUGACCCACGCGCCUGGCUGGCUCUCGUGCAGCCUUCUGGCACCUGCACGGCACACGCCACUUCACCCGAAUACCUGCGCCACUCGCCCUGCUCGAGCACCGGCUCCUACCACGAGAGUGGCUCCCCGGGGUCCUCGGGCCACCCCAGCCCGCCCAGCUACAGAAAAUCUGCCAAGAGCCCCUCCUCUUCCUCGCUCAAAGUCAGGGACCUGUGCCGUCUCAAAGGCACGGUCCCCGGGCCCGAGUUGGACACGAGACAGAGAGCCCCAUCCAGUAAGCCCGUCAGCGGAGUCCAGAAACAGAGGCGCGUGGCCGCUAACGCGCGCGAGAGGCGACGAAUGCACGGGCUUAACCACGCGUUUGACGAGCUGCGCAGCGUCAUCCCAGCGUUUGACAACGACAAGAAGCUCUCCAAGUAUGAAACUCUACAGAUGGCGCAGAUUUACAUCAACGCUCUCGCUGAUCUGCUUCAAGGUCCAGCGUCCUCAGGCAGCAGCAGCAGCAGCAGCAGCGACGCCUCUAACAACAUCCACUCGCCAAAGUGUGACAUCAUGCCUUUAAACGCCGUGGGUCUUGACGUUUCGAAGGACAGGGUUUCUCCCACGCCUGUGUCCGGCUCAGGUAGCAGCUUACCCGGCCACAUCAGCGGGAUGCCUUUUCGCUCCUCUUUCGACGACGGCUCUUUCUCCGCCUUGGUGGAAGAAGCGAUGUGUUCGCCUUCUCCUUCAUCCUCCAGCCGGGCAGCAGGGAGGAAAGGGUCUCCCCGGAGUGACGGAGAGUUUUCCCCCCACUCCCACUUCAGUGACUCGGAUGAAAUAGCGAUGGAGCUCCACUCAAGUGAAGAAGACGACCUGUCAGAUCUCAAGCUGGCCAGCCACUCUCACCACACCGUUUCAUUCUGA